GACGGGCUCGCCUCGACUAAGGACCGUGCUAGACAGUCUUAGCGAGAGACUUGGUGAACCACGGAACUAGCUAAUCCCUUUGAUCGCUAUCUGCUCGCGUUCUCUCUCUCUCGCCCGUCCCCGACCCUAAAUCAUGAACAAAGACCUCGAUUCGAGAUGGGAACCGGAAUCGGAAUUAGAAUCGGACUUUUGCAGUGAUUUGCCACACUUUUCAGUCCCCAGAGGGUUCAGUUUGCGAUCUCCCUUGAGUUUUGAUCGAGGAGUUUGUAUUGGGGUUUUGGGGUUUUGCAGUUGCAGGAGGAGAAGAUGAAAGUCAACAUCUUGCGUAUCCUUCUCACUGUGUUUAUGUUAAAAUUCUUUCUUUCAAACUACUCUAGUUUAUAUACCAUUGGCAACUAGCUCAUGUAAUUUUCUAUACUUUUUAUACCCAGAUAUUAACUUUGUUGCAUUUAAUCAUAUGGUAGACUGAAUUUUGGCUUGAUAGUUUCGAAUUCCUAUGAUUUUGAUUUUGUUCUUUCUUUCAAAUUUACUAGUUUAUACCAUUUAGAAAUAGCUUUUGUAAUGCUCUUUUUUUUCCCGUCUUCAACCCGUUGCAUCUAAUCGUGGUGGAGAGAAUUUCAGCUUGACGGUAUUGAAUUUCUAUGGUUUGUCUCCUCUGGAAGUAUGAAUAAUGAGCUGUAGAGUUUUACUACCUUAAUUGUAGUCUAAUGUUACGAAUGGCGAUCACAAGAUCAAUAUCUGUUAUGUUACUCAUGAAUCUCUAGCAUAUGCUCCCCCUGUUUAUGAUUCAGUGCGAUCAUCUUUUUAACAACGAUCGUGAUAAUUUGACAAUCCCAUUUGCUCAGUGAUCUUGGUUUAGGUUGAAACAUCUUUGAUGGGAAAUGGACGUAUUAUGCAUUUUAUCGUAACUAUUUUCUCUUGACCCUUCUCUCUUUGCGAAUAUCUGCUGGGGAUUUUAAACAGAGUGGCACGCUGUCGCUUCAUGGACAUGGGAUGCACAAGACGAAACAUGUGGGAUUUGUAGGAUGGCAUUUGAUGGUUGUUGUCUUGAUUGUAAACUCCCUGGGGAUGAUUGCCCGCUAAGGGUGAAUUAUGGAAUGGAUGGGAUCCGGGAGGCUAAAAUUCUAGGGGUGCUACUCUGUUCCAAGCACCAGGAGAACUGUUGUGACAUGUACCCUCCAUUUUUUAUCCCACAGCUGCACUUCAUCAAUCAUGUAGUGCAUUUUUCUUGUCUACUACAAGUGAUGCAAUAUGAGAAAGCUACUGUUAUCCGUGAAAGUGUUUUUGAUACUGCAGGAAGGUCAGAAGAACAAGCUCUUCAAGUCACGAAGGUAUUUUCUUUGGCCCUGGACGGAUGUGUCUUGAGGUAUCUUAAGCUUUCAGACAAAGCCAUGGGCGAAAAGGGUGUCAAUGCAUUUGGGUCACUUCUGAGAUCACAAAACACUUUGGAAGAGCCUUAUUUGAUGAAUGUGGCAGGGCUCAAUAUGUAUCACAACAUGAGGGAGUGGCACCGCGAUGUCAUUAAGAAGAUCAAACGGCUGAAUGAAACCUAUGCCUUGCAGACAAGACCUAUGCCACAAAGACUGAUGCACUACGAACUCUCAGGUGGUAAGCUUGAGCACUGUGUCUUCUAGGAGGCCUGUGAUCCUUGCGGACGAGACCUAUGCCACCAAGACUGAUGCACUGGAAGCUGUUAUGCAUGCACCUGUCCAUUUUCAAGGAUAUCCGACUUUUGUGUGCAAUCGGUAUCAAUUGCUCAUAUUGGUUGUAAUGUAUACUGCUGAUGAAGAUUUGGAGUCUGUAACCAAUGUUCAAUAAGUCUUAUACAAGGCUCAUUCAUCUUCUAAACUGCAAAUUUGGUUCUAUUUGCCUAUCAAUUUGAGUCGUUGAAAGUUUUUGCUUCAA